AUAUGAAAGACAAUCAUUUUAUACCCCGAAGAUUACAAUGCAGCGACCUUGCAUGCAAAAACCACAGAGUCUACUUCUGUAGAGACCAUCAAGUCUAUUCCUGCAAAGGAUGUUCUAGCAAAAUGCAUUACAAAUGCCAACUUGCCAUCAUUCAAGACCUCAAAGAUCUCAGAACUGAUGUCAAAGAGGUUCAGAGACUAAUCUUGAGGUUUCAGGAGAUGGCCACAGAGAAUGGAUUGGAAGUGUAUCUUCCGAACAUUGAUAGUGUCAUCAAAGAUUUCCAGAAAGACUUGAUUGAAAUUGAAAGAAAGAUAAAUGAAGCCAUUGCUCAUGACCACCAUGAGCAAUUUGAUACUCUCAGGUCUCAAAUAAGAGAGAUACAGAAUCACAUGGCUGAUGAACAAGUCGUCAAAGAUAUUUUGUUCUUGUCCAUCACCAGAGAUGCAAGUAGAUAUGACCUCCCGAGGGCCAGUGACGAGUUCUCUUCUGCCAUCAAGAUCGAGCAAACAAUUGACGCUGUUGUCAAGCAAAAUGCUAAAUUGAUGGAGAAAAAGUUGGCAAAAAAAGCCAGAGAAAUCGAACAGCAAUGCAAAAACAGACUCUCAGAAGAGUUCAAAGAGCGCAUACAGGAGUUGCAAGCACAGAAAGAAGCUCAAGACAUUGAAAUAGAAGAGCAGAAACAAGCUACAGAGCAGGUCCUCAUGCAAGCCCAAGAUAUGCUGAAACAGAAGCAAGAAGCCUUCGCUGAGAAUCAGACCCUACAAGAUCAGAAAGCGCAACUUGAAAGAGAGUUAUCACAGAAAAUUGAAGAGAUCAAUCAAGCCAAAGAUCAAAACGAGAAAUACCAGGAGGAAAUCUCCAAAAUGAGUGAAGAAAUCAAAGAAAAUACAAGUAAUGUAAUAGAGUCUAAAGAAACAAUCAGAGAUCGCAUCAAAAGUACUCACAAAGACUUCGACCUUGAUUCAACAAAGCUUGAACUCAACAUGGAAGAAGAAAAGUCAAAGAAAUUAGUGAAAGAGAUGGAAGAGAACAAGUAUCCUCUUGGGGACAUGCACAAGCUGAAGAUUGACAGAAUGGUCAAUGAAGAUACAAUCCUCAACAAGUUUAUGACUUUCUCUGCUCCUUCCUCUCUCAAACUCUUUGUCUUCAACCGUAUCUAUCUCAGUAAUGAUGAUGGUGACAAAGCAGUGAGAAUAAAGUUCUACCUGGAAGGCCUGAAGGAGAUCCUUCCGAGAGUCACCAAGGAAGUUUACUUGGAAUGCUUGGUGGUCGAUGACACUGACCUGAGUCAAAUAGUCAAGUGGGCUUCCAAUGCAGAGAGACUGACGGCCAGGAUCCAUCAUAAAAUAAGAGCGAGUUUACAAAAUGUAAAUUCUGUACAGAAAACAAUAACUCAAUAAAAUUAGUGAUGACUGCAAGCACUUUUAUGAAUUUAGAGACAUUAUAAGAUUUCUUUAUGGAUGCAGAGGUUGAAAGCAAGAUAAUAACUUCCAAAUUACCAUAGACUUAACGAAUUAGUAAAACAGAUUUUUCAAAUAUUUAGUUUCAUUUUACUUCGAUAGAAAAUCAAAUCAAUUGAGCUUAUUUAGGAAAGAGCACAAUUUUAGAGAUUAACCAGAAUUAAAAAAAUUAACUAAAACAAAAUGUAAAUUAAACAAAUUAAAUAUUCACACUUUCAACCGAAAUAAACCCAAAAUUUCAACUUCAGCCUCUCUAGAUUUCUCCUCUCCUGGCCAAGCCAAACUCAAAUACCUCAGCUUUUAUAACUGAGGAUUUAACCCCUGGUGAAAUAUGAAAUGGAAUGAGUCUCCUGAAAAGUUCGAAAAAAUCAUAAUUGCAAUCAAGAACUCUUCUCUCAAGGACUCCCUCACCCAGGUCAAUGUACAAGGCUGAAAGAUAUCUACUUCGAAGGUUUCUGAACUACUGAGUUCGCAUGGCCUAUCUCACAUCAGUGCUAUUACUGAAGGAAA